AUGGACCACUCACACUCCCACGGCGGUACCGGAAUCGGGAGCGAAUUUAAUACUGAUCUGGCUCAUCGGUUUUGGUACAUCAUUGCAGCGUUCCUCGGGGCUUUAGCGGCGUGUCGUGCCGUCAAUUGGUUCAAAUCGCAAACAAGACUGAGACGGCGGGCGACUACCUCGGUCGAGUUCCCGACCAAACCAAGCAACCCCUUUCUGGCAGUAUGGGCGACCUUAACAGCCGUCAUCCGCGAGGCCAGCGGACCACAAUUAUACAUCUCCGCCCACGGGUUCUCCUGGCUCACGCCGCCACCACUUGGCCGUCUCAUUCUCCUGUUUGCCUACUGGGCCGUCAUCAUUUACAUGAUGACCGCUGGCGCCAUCGUUAAGGACGCCUUGUUUUGGGAACGCAUCGGUUACCGCAAUGCUUGGGUCACCAUUACUCAAGUGCCCCUUUUAUACUUGCUGGCGUCCAAAUGCAGCAUCAUCGGGCUCAUCACUGGAACGAGCCAUGAGAGGCUCAACUGGUUACAUCGAUGGGUGGGCCGCACCAUCCUCGUCACAGCGUCGGUACACGGCUGGCAUUUCUACACCGACUGGGUCCGCAGCGAUUUCGUCGAGUACCAACUCAGGAUGAUGCCCAUGAUCAAAUAUGGCUUUGGCGCUUGGGGAGUGUUGCUCUGGUCUCUCGUCUCGGGACUUGCUCCGUUUCGGCGACUGGCCUACGAGUUCUUCGUCCUUCAACACAUUGUCAGCGCUGCUUUAUUUCUCUGGCUUGUUUAUGUACACAUCCCAAGCAACGCGCGAUACAAUGUCUGGUUCGCAAUUGCUGCCCUAUGCUUUGACCGCUUUUGCCGGACCGUCUUGCUUCUUUGGCAGAACGUGAAGUUCUUCCCGGACAAGUCAAAGUGCAAAGGCGGGCAACGCAUCGGGCACCAGGCGCAGCUUAGCCCAGUGGGCGACUCGAUCACGGUGGUGACCAUCAAGGACGUCCAUUUCAGAUGGAGGGCUGGUCAACAUGUCUACCUCUGGAUUCCCCGUGUUGGACUGGCGGAAGCGCACCCUUACACAAUCGCUUGCGCGCACCAACUGCCCGAUACAUGUAUCUGCAACAGUAUCCAGCUGGUCGUGCGAAAGCACAACGGCUUCUCCCGUCGUCUACAUCGCUUUGCCACCAAAGCCCGUUCGACGGGGAAGCAAAACCUUACUGUUUUCCUUUCGGGACCAUACGGCUCCCCGCCUCGAUGGGAUAUCUUUGAGACGAUAAUCCUGAUUUCGGCUUCGACUGGCGCGUCUUUUACGCUGCCCAUUCUGGAAAGUGUGCUCCAUUCGAAGGCGACCAGCUGUGUCAAGAGGGUCGAUUUUCUCUUGGCAGCAAAACAAGAAGACGAGGUAGACUUUUAUGUCUCACGCCUCCACGAGCUCAUUGAGCUCGCCAGGGGUACAGAUAUCGAACUCAACGUACACGUUGCUAUCACACAGAGCGCGUCUCCAUACAAGAGCGAACUUCCUCACGCAGGGACCAAGAUCCAAGCAGUGGAUGUCCCGUCAAGUUCUUCCUCUGGGAGCAACAUCGGACAGCGGGCGGACGAGAAAGUGCUGCAGGCUGACGUGGAGCAAAUUGCCCAGCAAACCUUGCGGAAGAGGUCGAGUAACGCGAGCGCCGACUCUCACACCUUCUACUCCUCUGUGAGGCCGGACGUGGAGGCCUUCAUCCGUGGCCCGGUUGAAGCAACAGGUGGAGAGACCAGUGUCGUGGUCUGCGGAGGCCGGUCGCUGGUUGCGAGUGUGAGAAACUGCGUUGCCUCCAUGUCGGAUGAGAGAGCCGUGCAUAAGGGGACAGGAGCCCAAGGGAUUCAUGUAUUUGUAGAGGAGUACAGUUUCUAA